AUGACCGAUCCUCAAAAGUUCGCCUAUAGCGAUUACACCGUAGGCUGGAUAUGUGCCUUACCCGAGACUGAGUUAGUGGCCGCUAUAGCCAUGUUGGAUGAAAGACACCCUGUUCUUCCAGCAACUGAUCUACACGAUGCGAAUACAUAUGCCCUUGGUCGGAUCGGUGACCACAAUGUGGUGAUUGCUUGCCUGCCAGCAGCAAUAAUAGGCAAGGUAUCUGCGGCUAAUGUGGCCAAAGAUAUGAUUCGUAGCUUUCCAGCUGUCAGAUUUAGCUUAAUGGUUGGAAUUGGCGGUGGGUCACUAUACUAUGGUGCAGAAGGGAAUGGUAACUCUAUAGGUGUUGAAGCAGAGGAGGAGGACUCAGAGGACUCUGAAGACGAUAUGGAAGAUAUAAGAGAUAUACGAUUGGGCGAUGUGGUGAUAAGCCUCCACUUAAAAUCAUCGGAUGCUGUUGUGCAGUACGAUUUUGGGAAGUCAUUGCAGGAAAGUGAAUUUAUAUAUAUCGGCGGCAAACUGAACAAACCCCCAAAUAUUAUUUUGGGUGCUGUUGCUCAGCUCAAAGCAGAGUAUGAGUUGAAAGGACAAAAUAAUAUCUCUAAAACAUUGGCGGAUAUGAUAUCGAGCUAUCCAGCACUCGGGAAAAAGUUUCAGUAUCCAGGAUCUCAGAAGGACCUUCUCUUUAAGUCAGAUUUUGUUCACGAAGCGGGAAAGAAAACCUGUAAGGCUUGUCGCAGCCAGAACAAUAAGCUUGUAAAGAGAGAUAGUCGGCCUGAUAACUCUCCACGAUUACAUUACGGGACCAUCGGAUCAGCGGAUCAAGUGAUGAAAGAUGCUGUCCUAAGAGAUAGAUGGGCACGGGAGAAAAGUAUUAUCUGCUUUGAAAUGGAGGCUGCUGGACUCAUGGACUCAUUUCCUUGCCUUGUUAUCCGCGGUAUAUGUGAUUAUGCUGAUUCCCAUAAGAACAAAGUCUGGCAGCCGUACUCUGCAGCGACAGCCGCAUCCUAUGCAAAAGAAAUUCUUCGCGUUAUUUCAGGACAGGGAGUCGUGAAUAUGGAUCCGAUCAAACAGAUCGAGAAAUCUAUAAGAGAAGUCCAUUGCGCUGUCGAAAACACAAGUGCUACAGUCCAGGUUCUCAGUAUUGACAGCAAGCACAAAAAGGUCUUUGACAAACUGCCAUAUGUAGAAAGCUCGAGUUUUGAUGCGUUGGAUGCUGAGUAUGACGCGAGAUGCCAUCCUGAAACGAGGGUUGACUUGAUUCACCAGAUCCUUGAGUGGGCAAAAACCCCAAACCAAGAAUGUAUAUUCUGGUUGAACGGUAUGGCAGGAACUGGGAAGUCAACCAUUUCUCGAACUAUAGCCCAAUUAUUUAAGGAGAAGGGCCAACUCGGAGCUAGCUUCUUCUUUAAACGUGGAGAGGGGGGCCGCGAUUCUGCCAAGAGGUUCUUCACCACAAUUUGCGCACAGCUUCUGCUUCAAGUUCCUGCAUUAAUUCGCCAUGCUGAAUUGGCCAUUGACGCAGACCCAUAUAUAUCAAUAAAAUCGAUGAAAGAGCAAUUUACUAAACUGCUCCUUGGGCCACUUCUCAGCCUGGACCAAAAUGAGCCCACGACUAUCGUGAUUGUGAUCGACGCAUUGGAUGAAUGCGAACAUAAGGAUGACAUACGGGCUAUACUUCAGCUUUUGCCUCAGCUGCAGGGAUGUACAACUAGACAUAUCCGAAUAUUUCUAACAAGCCGGCCUGAACUGCCAAUCCGUCCUAUCUUCGAGGAAAGCAACAAUCAUCGAUGUCUAGUCCUCCACGAGCUUUCUAACACUGUGGUAGAAAAGGAUAUUCGUGUCUUUCUUAAAGACGAACUUUUAGGGAUAAAAAGAAGGCGAAAAAUCUCUGGUGAAUGGCCAGGAGAUGAUGUUCUUAAAACUUUAGUGAAGAGGGCGGUUCCGUUGUUCAUUUCCGCAGCCACUGUUUGCCGUUUUGUUGAUGACCCAAAAUGGCGCCCAGAAAGGCGCCUUCAAACUAUUCUUGAAGACCCAGCAGCAACUUCAGGCUCCCAGAUGGACAGAAUAUACUUGCCUGUUUUAAAUCAACUUCUUUUGAAUGCAAAUGAGACAGAGAUCAAGCAGCUGAAGCAAGAAUUUCAGGAUAUAAUUGGGGUUAUUAUUCUUCUUGCGACUCCACUUUCAAUUAAUACCCUCUCCCAACUGAUUAACUUACCGAGUGCUGAUGUUAACAAUCGCUUGGACGGAUUCCACUCAGUUCUCAGCGUGCCACAAAAUAUUAACGCACCGGUUCGGAUUCUACAUCUAUCAUUUCGAGACUUUCUUAUCAACAUAAAGAGCACCUUCUACGUGGAUAAACAAGAGACACAUAGAAAGAUAGUAUCAUAUUGUCUUCGUGUUAUGGAAACCCGACUUAAACACAAUAUCUGUGGCCUGGCAAGCUACGGAACAGAACACAAUGAUAUCGACGCUCAGCUUAUUAAGCAGUACCUAACAGCCGAAUUGCAAUACUCCUCCCGUUACUGGGUAUAUUAUCUUGAAUAG